GCACAGUCUCCCCAUGUGAGUUCAGCACAAGGUUAUGUCUUCAGGUAUUACACGUUAAAAGAACCCAAAUUUUGUUGGAUUAGUAGACAAGCAAACCUUUCGGGCACAAACCCAAACUAAAUAUGAAUGUCACACGAGUUAGCCGUGUUUUAUCCAAGCGAACUUUGCUAAUGUCGUCCGCCUUCCCUCGAUUCUUCUCAGUUACGAAUGGCAAUGGCCGCCUCGAGUCGUCUAAAGUGCUUACUGGAGGCUCUAUGAAUCCAUUUGUCAAGCAAAUAGAGUAUGCUGUUAGAGGUGCUAUCGUUAUUCGAGCCUCCGAGAUCGAAAAGGAGCUGAAAGAGGGUCAAUCAAAGCCUUUUGAUCAUGUCGUCAAGGCAAACAUUGGAGAUGCGCAUGCUCUUGGAAUGAAACCACUGACAUUUCCACGUCAGGUUAUUUCAAUGUGUGUUAAUCCUGAACUGCUAGAUGACCCAAGGUUUCCUGCCGACGCUAAAGAUAGAGCAAGAAGGAUACUAAACGGCACAGGGGGAUUUAGUAUGGGUGCAUACAGUGACUCUGCUGGCCUGGAAGUUAUCCGUAAAGAUGUGGCCAAAUUUAUUGAAAACAGGGAUGGCUAUCCAGCUAAUUAUAAGGAUAUCUACCUUACCAGUGGAGCCAGUGAGGGAAUUAGGUCAAUACUAAAGCUUCUCCAAACAAGUGUGAAUCAAGGUAAAGAAAGAGCUGGUGUUAUGAUACCAAUACCACAGUACCCACUGUACUCAGCAUCUUUGUCAGAGCUCAACUCCUAUCAGAUCAACUACUUUCUUGAUGAAGACAAUAGCUGGGCUCUAGACACUGAUGAACUAAAGAGAGCUAUUGAUGCUGCUAGAUCUCAGUGUGUUCCGAGGGCUUUGUGUGUCAUUAACCCUGGAAACCCAACAGGUCAGGUGCUCUCCUAUGAAAACAUUCAAAGCAUUAUCAGGUUUUGUAAACAGGAAAAACUUGUCAUGCUGGCUGAUGAGGUAUACCAAGCCAAUAUUUAUGCCGAAGAUUCAAAGUUCCAUUCAUUUAAGAAAGUUCUCAGAGACAUGGGACCAGAGUUUGAACACAUGGAACUGAUCUCUUUCCAUUCUACAUCUAAAGGAUUCCUUGGAGAGUGUGGAUUUAGAGGAGGAUACAUGGAAGUUGUUGGGUUAGAUCCUGAAGUCAGAUUUCACUUGAACAAAAUGUUAACAGCAAAGCUUUGCCCAUCUGUUGUAGGACAAGCCAUGAUGGGAUGUCUUGUCAACCCUCCACAACCAGGAGAAGAGUCCUAUGAAAGCUUCACACAGCAAAAAACUGCAGUCUUGCAGUCAUUCAAAGAAAGAGCGAAGCUUGUCCAAGAUACAUUUAAUAGUGUUGAAGGAUUUCAUUGUAAUGAGGUCAUGGGAGCAAUGUACUCAUUCCCAAAGAUUGACAUGCCCCACAAGGCUAUCAUCGAGGCUAAGGCUCGUGGUCUUCAUCCAGAUAGUUUCUAUGCCAUGCAGUUACUGGAAGAAACUGGUCUCUGCGUUGUUCCUGGAAAUGGCUUUGGACAAAGGGAGGGCACCUUCCAUAUAAGACUAACCAUUCUUCCACCAAUCGAUGCCCUCAAGCCAUUAUUCGAGAGAUUCAAAGCCUUCCAUAAGAAGUUCCUGGACAAGUAUAAGUAAUUCAGUAGGCAGUAUUGUGUGGCUUAGUCCUCAACCAUCACAGGGUUAGUUAAAUUUUAUGCAAAACUAGGUUUUUAUGUUAGGGAACUUAGCAAAUAAGAACUUUCUACAUUUCUUCAAAUUAUGGGGGUUUGUGAGGUUAGUUGGCUUUUUGUGAUAGGUGGGAGGGUUAGGUUGAAUUUUUUUGUCAUGAUAUAUUGUGGUAUGAUAAUGAAUAAUUAAAUAAUUUUUGGUCUUUCCUCGUUAGGAGGAAAUCCGUGAGUUUUAAUCCAUCACCUUAUACACUGCUAAAGAAUGGUUUAGCGACUAAGCUUGUAGAGAUGGCUAUUAUAUUGAGUUGUGAAUUGGGUGUGUGAAGCUACAAAAGAGUUUCUCAUGACACUACUUUCCCCUCAAACACUCGGGGAUUACUCAGACUGCUUGGUAGAGCACGAAUUUCUCUUUAAAAUUUAACUUAAAACGUGUAUUAAAUUACAAAAGCAAUGUGCAUCAUAAAGUCCUAACAAAAAGUUUAAAUAAUCUGUCUAACAAUAAUAAAGACUUGCCAAAAUUCCCUGGUGAUUACUCGGGCUGCAUGGUGCGUCUCAAAUUAUUUUUUCACGUAACUUAAAAUGUAUUUAAUACUGACAAAACCAGUAUGCAUCGAAUUUCCAUCAAGAAUAAAUACCCUUUCUAACAGUAUCGCUUUGAAUUCCCGAUAGGGGAUCACUGCUGGGGAUUACUCGGGCUCUUUAACAAUAUCAAACGCUUUUUAGAUAAAUUAACAUAAAUAUUUCUCAUAUUAAAUAAGAGGUCUUGAGUACCAAUGUAUUAAAUGAUCAUUGAGACCCCCAGAUUAUAGACACUUCACCAUAAUAGAUGUGCAAUUUAUGAUUUAUUCCUGACCUUUACUGUAUCCGAUGAGAAAUAAAUAGGGGUGCAUACUAAAUUAAAAAAUAAUAUGUUCUAAAUGUGAAAUUCAUAAGUGUUUAGUGUGGUAAAGAUGAUUUCAUAUAUAGUAGAACUAGUAGUAAUGAUAAUAAAUGAAAACAUAGAGUU